AUUUUUAGAAGCAGUUGCAACUUGGUGGGACUGAUUCUCACACAAUAUAAGUGAAGAUUUUAGACUACAGAAACAUCAUUUUGGAUUGUACGUAGGAUUAUAGGUAAGUUAUACAUCUAUAGAAACGUAACAUCACUGAUAAGAUCUACAAGCAGCUUUGAAAAUCGAUAAAUGAUCACUGAAAAAAUCGAAAAUUCACUAGAGCCAUCUUCAGGAUCGGCUGAUAUGGAUAAGGAUGUCAAAGUGGAGCUUAUUGGCUAUGAAGAAAUUGAUGAAUCAAAUCACCGACGCUGUUGUAUACUGAACGUAAUGGCUCCUAGGUACUUAUCCAAACAAGUGUUAGCUGGAUUUGAUAAGUAUAAAUACAGCUCGGUCGAUAAUAGUCCACUUAGUAAUUAUGUCACUCACCCAUUUUGGAACUGGCUAGUAGAGUUUUUCCCCCGAUGGAUUGCGCCGAACCUUCUCACUUUUCUCGGGUUUAUGUUUCUGAUCCUUCAUUUUGUCAUAGUAUCGAUAUAUGAUUGGGAUUUUUAUGCAGCUUCGGAUACUCACCCAGAAUAUCCUCCGAUACCUCGAUGGGUCUGGAUAGUCUCUUCAAUAUGUAUUUUUGUAGCUCAUCAAUUAGAUGGAAUUGAUGGAAAGCAAGCAAGAAGGACAAAAUCAAGUACACCUUUGGGUGAACUCUUCGAUCAUGGAUUGGAUAGUUGGGCUACAACUUUUUUUACACUUGGACUUUAUUCAGUUUUUGGUAGAGCUGAUUAUUCAGUUGACGUUCAUAGAUUCUUUUUUGUAAUGGUUACUGUUCAAGCUACUUUUAUUUUCUCACAUUGGGAAAAAUAUAACACAGGAGUAUUAUUUUUACCUUGGACAUACGACUUAAGUCAAAUAGCUAUAACCGUUGUAUACUUUAUAACUUUUUUGGGGAGUUAUAAAAUAUGGAAACAAAAUGUGCCAUAUAUCGAUUUGGGUUAUGGCUAUGUUUUCGAAUUUAUUAUGUACUCCUCCUUUUUUCUACUAUCUUGUCCGAUGACCUUUUAUAAUUUAUACAAGUCAUAUAAAGAAGGCACUGGUUACAAAAGAGGUUUUUACGAGGGUAUGCGACCACUGUUUGAUAAUACUAUUAUGCUUAUCCUCUUUUGCUUUUGGUCGUGGACGUCAUCAAAUCACAUACUUCAUGCAUGUCCUAGAGUAUUUUUAGUCGCCAUGGGUACAGUCUUUUCGAAUAUUACUAGUCGACUUAUCAUAGCUCAAAUGUCACAGACAAGAUGUGAGACUGGAAAUUGGUUAUUAUACCCCUUAGCAGCUUUGGUAAUUUUGCAAUUCUUUGUGAAAUUAUCGAGUAGCGUAGAAAACAUAUUACUUUAUGCUUACUGCAUUAUUGUUUUAAUAUCUCACAUUCACUUUGGAGUUGGAGUUGUUAGACAAAUGGCAGAACAUUUAGAAAUUGACGUUUUCUCUCUUCAGAGGAAACCUAAACAGAAGAAGCAAGUCAAUUCAUCAUAA